GAGGUUUGGAGGAGGGAGAUGGGCGGAGCUUAGCGUCUGGGGUUUCGGUUGGUCGGGAGUGACGUAUCCGGAGCCGCUUCCUGGUGUGUCUGCUGGCUGGGAAGAGGAGAGGGAGACUGCGGUGUUGUUAGUUUGAACAAAAUGGCUGCGAGAUCACUGUCAACGAGAGCUCACUGAACGCCUACCAUGAGUGUCCGCUCCGCUGUCUGGAUCCACACAGAAUGUAUUUCCUCGGAGUCGCUACUCACUCUCCAUUCGCGGUAGCCAGCCCUUCACCAGUCGUCCAACCGGCGACUUAAACUAAAAAGAAAAAAAAAACAUUUCUUUUUGCACUUUAAAACAAGUUGGCUGGCUGGCUGCUGGCUCACGGCCGUCGGCUUGCUCAGCGAGAACUCAACGGCGAUUUUUUUUUCAACGAAAACUGCCUGAAUUCUCCGUUUUGCAACACCUCGUAAUGGUCGACGACUAAAACGCCAACCAGCUAACGUUAGCUUAUAUAAUUUAGCUGCUUUUAAAAGUCAUUGUAUUCGUGUUCGUUUUUUUUGUUUUUGUUAUUAGUGGUGCUUCGCCCCCUUCCCCGCCCCCCGGUCUAUCGUGACGUUUUAACAAAACAUUUUUUGGCGAUUACAAUUUCAAUUUUUUUUGAUAGAUAUAUUUUUUGCUCAAAGCAGAAAUUACCGUACUUGCUGUGUGUAUAUCUGGCUGAGUAGCCGUUGUUUACCUCGGUAUCUUGUCACCAAGCUGCUUCAGCGGCAGCAGUCGGCUUAUGUACCAAGUCUGACUUUAAUUGCGACUAAAUGUCUGCUCCAUCUCUUUACGGGUAACUUUAGAAAAGACAUCGGAGAAUGCUUUUCUGCGUAUUUUUUUCUGCCAUGUAUCAACUCUUAACUGAAAGCUGCCAAAGCUGUGAUUAACACAAGCUGAUCGAAGCUAGCAACAGAAGAAAGAGAACCAUUUGAUGGAAGAAAAGAAAAAGAAAAAACAAGAAGAAAAGACUAAGAAGGACGUUGCGCAGAAAAAGACUGCUGAUCAGAAACCCAAAGUGCCAGAGCCUGCUCCCAUUAAGCCCAGUCCCGGCCCAUCCCUCCACCCCGCCAGCCCCACGCUGCCCCUCUCUUCCUCCUCCUCCUCCUCCUCUUCUGGCAAUGGCAAGCGCGCUUCCUGCAGUAGCCAGCUCCCGACUCAGACUCCCCCUCAGCAGCAGUGCCAGUUGUCCUCUGCCAGUGCUCGCUACCCGCCCAGAGAGGUGCCCCCACGCUUCCGUCAGCAGGAGCACAAACAGCUACUGAAGAGAGGCCAGCCACUGCCUGCAGGAGCCCUCAGCGCUCUCACUCUCUCCUCCUCCUCUUCCUCCUCCUCUUCACCCUCAUCAUCUUACUCUUCCUCUUCUACGAGUACCAGCAGCACUACCCCAAACUCUGCCACGUCCACUGCGGGCAACCACCACUCAGACAUAUCUCUUCAGAGUGGCCCUGGUGCCCAGUAUGAGACCUCUCAUUGGGGAGCCUCUGUACCAGUUGAAAGCCCAUCCAGUGCCAACAGCUGGGACAAAGUGAUUAUUGACGGAAGUGACACAGAAGCUUGGCCCUCCAUCAGUAGUGACCCCAGCCACCCUGCAACACCAGAAUGCCCCUUGGGCUCAGCUAGCUCUAACCAAGACACCAGUGCUGUCACUACUACCAGUAGGAGCAGUUUUCUGAGUAUGGCCACAGGUGCCGCAGGCCAGCAGGCCCACUAUCCUUCCCUCAAAUCUAACAAUAACAUGAUGACAGGACCUGGAUCAACCAACGUAUUGGCAAGUAGUAGAGGCUGGGGCUCAGAUGGAAAACAAGAUAGCAUGAAUGGUGGCCGAGGAGCACCCAAUAAUUGGGGCUCUCCCAAUUUUAACUUGAACCUCAACCCUAAUGCCAACCCUUCUGCCUGGCCUGUUCUAGGCCAUGAGGGUGGUGGAGGUGGCAGCAUUGGCCCCAAUGGGGUGUCCAAUUCUUCAUCCCUCCCGCCGGGUAUAAAUGGCAAUGGAAACAUGGGGAAUGGGAGUCUGGGAAAUGCUGAUAAUGGUGGGGGAGGUUGGGCUGGCAUGAUAAGUGCUAACGAAAAUGAUCAGCAGCACCCUUCAACCAACACAAACUUGUCCUUCAAUAUGGAGCCUGCUAACCGUAACACUGACGGACCAAACCACACUAAACAACAGCAACAAGCUCAGGAGCCUAUGAGCCCUAUCCAUGGCUUAACUGGCUGGGGAGGCCAGUCACCCACUGAAUCAUCCCAGCUCAAUGGGGACACAACAGGCAGCUCUGUAUGGGGUAGUGGAGAAACCAAGGCAGCUGAAUCCCCUAAGGACUCAGGCUGGGACUCAACUCCCUCCGGAGGUCUUUCUGCCUGGGGCCGCCAAGGCAGUGGUGGAGGGAGUAGUGGAAGUGGUGGCUGGGGUGACUGGGGAAAAUCCUCUAGUGGUGGAGAUGCAUCUAAAGGCUGGGACUCAGUAGAUGCUGGCAGUUCUGGCUCCGGCCAGGAGCCGCAACUUAGCUCAUGGGGCCAGCAGCCUGGAACAGCCCCAGCAAGUGAGGAUAGUGGGGACAGUAGUGAAGGUCGAUCAAAUCGCAGAGACAGACCCUCCAGCGUGGAAUUUGCCCCCCUGCUACCCCGGCAGGACUUGGACCCUCGAGUGCUGAGUAACUCGGGUUGGGGACAGACCCCCAUCCGACAGCACACUGUAUGGGAGAUGGAAGAAGCCAGCUCUAAUGAUGGGAAGAGCAGCAGCAGCUCAGACACUUUAGGAGCCCCCAGCUCUAAUAGUGGACCCUCAUCAAGCAAUGGAGGUACCAUUAACCCUAACAUGGGUCCCGGUCAGAGGCCUGGCUCUGGAGGAAAAAAUGACAGUGAAGGAUCAUCCUCUGGCUGGGGAGCCCUCCACCUCAGCCAACAGACUGGAUCAGGAUGGGGGGAUCCCCCCCAGUCACUCAGCAAAGCCCCAAAUGGCACUACAAGUGGCUGGGGAGAUCCUUUGCCUACCAAUGGUCCUAAAAGUGGGGGCACACCAUCCUGGGGUUCUGAGGACAAGUCACCCAGCUGGGAUCAAGGCCUAAUGAAAAGCCAGCCAACUAGCUGGGGAGAGGGCCCUAAAAACUCCCAUGGUUGGGGCAACAAUAAUGGGGGCACCAAUGGCACCAGCACAGGGGACUGGGGAGAGCCAGAUGUCAAGAACAAUGGGUCCUCCAGCAGCAUGUGGGAAGGUGACGGAGGUAAUGGAGGAAGUGGUGGCUGGAAGGAAAGCCCAAGAGGAGGAAAUAGAGGAGGAAACUGGGGUAAACCUGCUCCUGCUGUAAAUAACAGCAACUGGGGGGAGAGCCCACGUGCCAAUGGCCCAUUGCAGGGAGGCUGGGGUUCUUCCAAGCCUCAGGAAAGCAGCAGCAGCAGCAGCACAGGCAGUGGAGGAGGUGGCAGCAUUGGUUCUUGGGGUGGUCCUGGUUCUGUAAAGCAAAGCAACUCUGGUUGGGGAAAUGUCAGCAAGCAGGAUCAAAGCAUGGAGCCUACUGGCUGGGAAGAGCCUUCUCCUCCUUCCAUCCGCAGGAAAAUGGAAAUUGAUGACGGAACUUCCACCUGGGGCGAUCCCAACGCCUACAGCAAGACUGUCAAUAUGUGGGAUCGUAACAACCCCAACGGUAACCCAAGCAACGGCGGGCCACCUCCCAAUAAGAAUGGUGGAAUGAUUAUGCCCAACAAUAACAACAAUCACUCUGUUGUCCCCGGCAACAACAAUCACCAUCACUCUCACCACAUACACCACCAUCCCCACCAUGGUCAGCCCUCAACCAUGCAACACCAUGGAAACAACAAUGGAUCACCCAACAAUACCACUUCACAUCCAGGUGCUGGCCCCCAGGGUAGACCCCCCCUCGCCAACCCAGGUUGGGGAGAACUUCCCAGUGUUCAGCCCAAGUCAGAGCCUGCUUGGGGAGAGCCAGCAGCUCCAACAUCCACUGUGGAUAAUGGUACCUCUGCCUGGGGCAAGCCCCCAGGUGGGGUCGGAGGAUGGGGAGAUGGUGGCCAUGAGCCCUCUGGCCCUUAUGGCAGAGCCAAUGGACCCCCAGGUUCUGCACCUUGCAAGCCAGGCCCCAAACCUAUGCAAGAUGGCUGGGGAAGUGGAGGAGAGGAGAUGGGUAUGUCCACUGGCCAGUGGGACACUGAGGAUGGGGAUGUAUGGAACAGUCCCACCUCCCAGGAGAGCAGCUCCUCCUGCAACUCCUGGGGCAAUGGACCCAAGAAGUGCCCAAGCAAGGGGAAGAUGGGUACCAAGCCAGAUGAGGCUUGGAUCAUGAACCGUCUCAUCAAGCAGCUCACUGACAUGGGCUUUCCGAGAGACCCUGCUGAGGAUGCAUUGAAGAGCAACAAUAUGAACCUUGACCAGGCCAUGACCGCCCUGUUAGAGAAGAAGACGGACCUGGACAAGCGGGUCAUGGGCAUAUCUGAUUACAGCAAUGGCAUGAACAAGCCUCUUGUGUGUCGGCCCUCUGCACUCUCCAAAGACCCCUCCGACCGCACCACCUUUCUCGACAAGGAUGGUGUCCUGUCAGAUGAUGCCCCCCCAUCACCAUUUCUGCCUUCCCCCAGCCUGAAGCUCCCCCUGGCCAACAGUAGCCUUCCUGGGCAGGGUUUGGGACAGGGCAAUCCGGGACUGGCCAUGCAAAACUUGAACAACAGACAGAUACCCAGUGGAAUGUUUGGCAGUAGUGGAGCAGCACAAACCCGGGCCAUGCAGCAGCAGCCUCCUCAGCCACCAGUGCCACCUCUCAGCUCCUCCCAGCCUAGUCUACGUGCUCAAGUGCCUCAGUUUCUCUCCCCUCAGGUCCAAGCACAGCUCUUGCAGUUUGCAGCAAAAAACAUUGGUCUGAACCCUGCACUUUUAACCUCACCAAUAAACCCUCAACAAAUGACCCUGUUGUACCAACUUCAGCAACUGCAAAUGGCGUACCAGCGUUUACAAAUCCAGCAGCAGAUGAUGCAGGCGCAACGCAAUGUUUCCGGCCCCAUUAGACAACAAGAGCAGCAAGUUGCACGUACAAUCACCAACAUGCAGCAGCAGAUCCAGCAGCACCAGCGUCAGCUGUACCAGGCGCUGCUGAUGAAGCAGCAGCAACUUCCCUCUCAUUCCUCCUCUUCCUCCUCCUCGUCCGCUGGUCUGCAUCCCCCCGGUGGCCCUGCUGGAGGCCCUGGCUCCGGCAAAUCAACCCUGGACCCCUUCACAGGCCCACACCAGGCUCCGGGCCUCUCCGACACACUGCACACCAAAGAGCCGCCGUCUUCGCCCAACGCCUACAGCACCUACCCUCUCUCUGGACUGAAUCCAAACAUGAAUGUAAACUGCAUGGAGGUUGGGGGUCUGUCCCUGAAGGAGCCCCCUCAGCCCCAAUCUCGCCUGUCCCAGUGGACACACUCCAACUCCAUGGACAACCUCUCUGGCAACUCUUCAAAUUUGGAGAACAACCUCAAUAAACACGGUGCCAUAUCUGCUGCCUCUUCCCUGGUCCCUCCAGGGAAGCCUCCCCAGAUGGAGGACUCAUACAGCCCUUACAAUCUAAUCUCCAGCUCUGAGUCCCCCACCAGCCCCCUGGUGCCCCCUGAUAGCUGGGGCCAGGGAAAGAGCCCUAAUGAAAAGAUCUCCAAUGGAACCAACAUUAACUGGCCCCCAGAGUUCUGUCCAGGGGUGCCAUGGAAGGGCCUUCAAAACAUUGACCCUGAGAAUGACCCCAAUAUGACCCCUGGCAGCGUGCCUAGCGGUCCCACCAUCAACACCAACAUCCAUGACGUCAACCGAUACCUGCUGCGAGACAGGAAUGGAGGUAAACUGUCUGACCUGAAAUCCACCUGGUCCCCAGGACCCAUCUCUCAGAGCCAAGCCUCUCUGUCCCACGAGCUGUGGAAAGUCCCUCAGGGGCCGCGCAACACCACAGCACCAUCCCGGCCCCCACCAGGCCUCACCAACAACAAGCCCUCCUCCACAUGGGGAGGAAACUCACUGGGCUUGGCCCAAGGUUGGAGCGGCUCCUACUCCUCUGAGGGAACCACAUGGAGUACUGACAGCUCAAACAGGACCAGCAGCUGGCUGGUGCUGAGGAAUCUCACCCCACAAAUUGAUGGUUCUACUCUGCGGACGCUGUGCAUGCAGCAUGGCCCCCUGAUCACAUUCCAUCUCAACCUGACCCAGGGGAACGCUGUGGUGCGCUACAGCUCCAAGGACGAAGCUGCCAAGGCCCAGAAGUCCCUGCACAUGUGUGUGCUUGGAAACACCACAAUCCUGGCAGAGUUUGCCGGUGAGGAGGAGGUGAACCGCUUCUUUGCACAAGGCCAGUCGCUAGGGGCAAACACCACGAGCUGGCAGGCCAACCCAGGAACCAAUCAAAGCCGGAUGGGCGGAGCAGCGCAGUCCCACUCUAUUGGCCAGUGGAGCAGCGGUGCCGGUGGAGGCAAGACCAGCGGAGGCGACCUGCUGUGGGGCGGGGUGCCACAGUACUCCAGCCUGUGGGGGCCGCCUAGUGGAGAGGACGCCCGUGUGAUUGGGAGCCCCACUCCCAUUAACACCCUGUUGCCUGGAGAUCUGCUGAGUGGGGAGUCCAUGUAGGAUGAUGCCACGAUACACUAACCAACCAACCCACCGCCACCUCGUCAUGUAAGCUAAUGGUGGAGGGUGGGGUGGGGAAAAGAAAAAAAAAAAAAGAAGCGCAAAACAAAAAAAAAAUUCAUUAUGAACAGGAGCAAAACCCAAGCAAAUCAUGUGGCGAUAAUCAGUAUCAAUUUGAACUGUUUUGAACUGUGAAUUGUGAAUCAGAAGACUGGGGUCCCUACCACACAGACUGCAGACCUCAGUGCUUCUGUUUUACUUUGGUCCUUUUUUUGUUUGUUUGGUUUACCGUUUUUGAGGAAAAAAAAUACUUUUCUUUUCCUUUUGGUAUUUUUGAAAUGCAUCAUCUGAAAAAAAAAACUGAAAUGAGACGCAACACAAAGGAACCUUUGAAGUGUUUUUAGUUUUCCAUCAGUAUACAUUACAUUCUGUGUGAAGUGUUUUUAGGAGAAGCAAUCAAAGCUGCCAUCUGAGACUUUCCUUUUCCCUCCAAAAAACAACAAAAAAAAUCAUCCCAAAAUAAGACUUAAAGUGACCAUUCCCAGCAUAUCCAUGGCCAAUGAUGUUGUUCAAAUACCUUUACUAGUUAUGUUCAUGUUUGUUUCUCAGCACUAAUAUUAGCCUUAAGUGCUCUCUGGCCCAGGUCCUUCUUAAGCCGCCUUUUUUAGUUUGUUUUCUAACUGAAGAAAUAGCUGAAAUCUUGCACAGUUUCACCUCUGAGCCAGCAAGUGGUACAGGACAUGACUGGUGACCAACGCGGUCACUGGGCAGUAAGAAGGCCGAGCCACGUGACUGGCACUACCAAUCAUCUGCUUAAUUCUUUUCAUUUGUCUCAAAGGGAUUGACACAGCUGUAAAAUGUUCUCUUUUUUUAGGUUGAAAUCUAAGCAGAUUUUUGACAUCUAUCACAACAGAUAAGCUGAGAGAGAAUUAUUUGUCAACCAUGCUGCGUGUGUUUGCUUUCUAUGGUUAUGUAUGUCCGGUGGCACCUAAUCAUUGACAUCUUCAAGCCCAGAUCCUUCUGGUCACCUUAACUUGGAACCCAGGUGUUUACUGGUGCUUUGUCGAAUUUUCUAUUGUCCGAUUUGUUAUGAAGCCCAGCAGCCACUAUGGCUAGCCAAUUUUCAGAGUUUAAAAAAAAAAACGCAAUUUUUCUUUAGAGUUACAUUGUGCAAUAUACACCAUAGACCUUUUUUUCCGUCCAUACUCGAUGUCCACCGGAAACCGUUAUGUUUUUUGAUCGUUGCUGAUUUCAGCAAAAAGACUUUGGAACUUCAAAACACCUUACCCCUUUUCAAAACUUGGAUUCCUUCCAGGCCACCAAUCUCUCUGAAACUGUUGGGAAAAAUCUGCAAAGAGGAAGAAGCAGCUGUUGAAGUGUGCAUGCGGCAAACUGUACUGAAAAGUGACACUGGGUACACAACAAUGCACACUUCCUCUCUGCGUGCCACAGCCACACCCAACAGAGACUGAAACCACAGUGGGAUUGGAUGGUCCUGGGUAUCUGGCACAAUACCAAAUAAGAGGGGUUUCUCCUAAUGCAGUAGACCUACGAGUGUUCCUUGCGUUUGGUACUGUACAAACAGAAGAGACUAAGACUUUUAUAAAUUCAAAGGGUUUUAUCAUAGCACUUAUGAAGAGCAAAUCGCUUCAACUGCAAUCCAAUAAAUCAAAAAAAAGGAGCAGCAAAAACAUUGAAAACGGAAAAAAAAAAGCUCUUAUGUACUGUAUCUAUUCCAUGGAAAUGUGUGUGGCGUUGUUCCUCUGGUAGCAGGAUGAAGGGAAACAAAACUGAAAUGUACCAUUGGACUUUGGGGGAAAAAAACUGCAGUCUCAUUUUUUUUUCCUUCUUUGAACUAUAUCAAAGUGAAUAUCACUGUUACUCCAAAAUCGUUAGCCUUGUUCUGUUUGGAGGCACUAGACUUGCAAUGUCAGCUGUCUCUGACACCCGCUGGCCAGUCACCCAGUCAGUCAGUGGGUGAGUCAGAGUGGGGUGGGGUGGGGUGGGGGAGUGUCCACUGAGUGCCUCUUUGCUGUGGUCUCCUGGGUGUCAGGCGGCAGCCCCACAGCACAGCACUUCCUCCUGGGCUCCACUUGACCCUUCCUCAGUCUGGCAAGAAAAACAGCUCCUCCAGGACUGACCAAUCACGGUUCUCUGCCACACGCGGCAUCUCCACUGGGGGCCCACCACCACUCGACCCUGCUGUCGUCCUGCCCUCUCCCCCCAUCUCUCAGUUCUUUGACACAAAGAUCACUUUAGCUGGAAGAAGUAAUAGUCAUAUUUCUGGAAUUUUUGCCAGUUGUACUUUGUAUUUUUUGAAAAAGAUCAUUUGACUUUAUUUUUUUCUCAAUGUGUUAUAUUGUUGUUUUUGUCUACAUGCAGUGGUCUACAAAAUACUGGCUGCUGAACUAGCCCUUCACUGUUCAUAUGCAGAAACACUUUGGUCAGAGGUGCCUCUGUAUGUUCAUCCUGUGUAUUGAAUGCAAAAUGAGGAUCAAUACUACAGACCGUUAUUGAUUGUCUAUUUGUUUUUAACUGAUCAUGCUUUUGUGUUUGACAGUAUUCUGUAGUACUUCUAGGUAGUAACUUGAGAUGUGUAAGAAAAAACAAAACAAGAAAAAAAAAAAUGACGGUGUCUCAGACAGGGAUGUGGGUGUUUGUCGCUCUGAGCUGCUCCGCCUGCCCGCAGGCUGUCCCCCCUUGCCCUUUGCCUAGCUGCUACGCUAUAACCUCCUCUCCUCCUCCACCUCAACCAGACCCAGUAGCCCUCCCCUGACCAGGCACCAACAGGCCCUCGUAUCUGUUUCUAUGCAAAAGACUAGAGGCUGGGGCCCUUUACAGCAUGCCAGACCUGACUCGGGAAUGAGCACUCCUCCCAGAGCUUGGCGUUCCCAUCGUGGCACACCAAUUGUCCCCCGUGCUCUCCUGUCAGCACGUCAAAAUGGCCGCAGUUUCUGUAAAGUCAGGCUAAGCCACCAGAACACUGUCAGAUACUAAAGUCAGAACACUUUAUCAUAGGUCGGCCUUUUCUCUCUGCGCUGAAGACACUUCUGUCCAGCUCGAUCUCAGGGUAGGGGAGUUGAUGAUACCAAGUAUGAGAUGCAGCUCUCCGUAUCUGUCCUUUCUACUGUGAGAGCAUAGUCUUAAAUUUAAAGGCCAUCUGUGCAACAAUAUGUACAGACCUCAUGCCUCGAAACUGAAUCCUUAUUGGAAGGGGAAAGGCUGGUAUUGAAUCCUUUUCCUAACAGGUGGCCUAUUGUUACUGUUUGGGGGGAUAUUAUUGCAUGUAAAAGAUGCCAACAUAUUGUGCCAAUAUAAAUUUGCUGUGUCAUACUGUAUCUUUAUAAAGAGCGCUUCUGUUACCUGUUCGGAGGAGCUUUGAUAACCUUUGCGGAGGGUGCAGCGGGGGACAGGAGGGAUCAAACAGAAGGGCGGCAGCAUCACACCCUGGAAUGACUGAGAUUUUUUUAUGCUUUUGUGGGGAAUGCCCCAUGCUAAGGAGAAAAUCUUUACUCAGUUGGGGGUUCCAGUUUGCUACAGUGCACAGUUGAUGAUGGGUAAUCCCGGGUACAUAUUUUUUUAAAACCAAAAAUGAAAUCGCAUUUUAACGUCAUUUUUAUGAAGUUUGACAUAAAAAUCUUAAAAAUGCUAAAAAAUCUAAAUGGAAAAAAAAAAGAUCUAUAAUAUGUUAAAGCUCUGCACUUCUAGCUGAAACGUCUCCGGUCAUCGGCCUCUACUACCACCAUCUAACGGAGUAGAGCGGUGGCCGGGGUGCCUUUUUGUGGAUGCUGUAUUUAUCUCGUUUUAUGUUUGUGUCCUGCUCAAAGCGGGCCCACUGAACUGUACAUUUCCACAGACCCAGAUGGCUUGGGCCCACUGUAUCAGCCUCACUCUCCAGUUCUGCAGCAGCAGGACGGGAGAGGCACAUUUCAAGAGGUAUAAAGUCUUAAAAAAAAAAAAGUUAUUAAAAAAAAAUACAAGAAAACGGGAAAAGGCUACCUUUCAGGACUUGCAGUCCUGCAGCACACAAGCAAAAAUCACUAUUGCCUGUUUCUGUAACUGCCUUGAUCCAAGCUCAGACAGACCCAAUAGCCGAGGACCUCCCAGCAUCCUGUACUAACUGGAGAACCCUGACAGUGAAGGGGGUUUCCCAUGCUGCACCAGCAUCGAGAGGCUCUCCUCUCUACAGCUCUGUUCUAGAUAGCAGUAUAUAUGUAUACACCGCAUAUAAAUAUAUAUAUAUAUACUGUGAGUACGGUGUGUGGUAUCACCUCUUCAGACUUCUUGGAUCGUAACCUCAAACUUUUCAUUUUUGUUUGAAAGGUCUUGGUUUAAUACAACUGAAAAUGAGCAAUAUGUAUUUUCCCCGCAAAUAAGUGAUACAAAGGAAAGAAUUUGGGUCGGGUGUAAACUGAUACUUGAUUGACUGAAAGCUGCGUCUUUCGUAUACGGAGUUGGAUAUGCACGUUCUGGUUUUGAUGACAUAUUACAGUACUCUGAAGUGCUUGUACUGUAUAUGUGUGUAUUUGUUUGUUAAUUAGCCUGUCUAAAAGCCCAACGUGAAUCACCUGGUUUAAUGCAUAUUUUACCCAGUUGAUGAAAAAAAAAUCACAAACAUAUCAAAACUAAACAAAAUAUUGAACAGAAAUACUUGAAUCAUGGAGCGCCAAUAACAUAAUGUGAAGUCAGUAAUUCUUAUUUUUUGUUCUCUCCAUCUGACAGGUACACUUAGGGGCUUUUAGAGAAUAUCAAAUAUGUAAUGCAUUAAGUUACAAAUACAAAAUGUUUGAAAAAAAAAGUCAUCUUAGAUGUGUGCUUGAGAGUCAGAUGUUUGUAUGAAUGCGUGCUCAAGAAACUGUGUGUACAGGGCACAUGGCCUGCUGUUAGGUUCCACUCAGUGUGUUAUAUUUUGUGUCUGUUUUUACUUCUUUUUUUUUGGUCGUUCUGUCAAAAACUAUUCUGAUAGACAUUGUUUUCUUCUAACGUUGCACUGAGUGUCUUCUACCCCUCACUCAGCUAAUCGUAGGUAAACGAGUCUAAGUACGGAGGGGCGAUGGUGACAAUUCACGUGUACAUGUUUACUCAAGGACUUUUUUUUCAUUCUAUCUGUAAAAAGUUUAUCUACCUUAUAGUGGCUUUUAUUGUGGAAUAAUCCAAGACAAGGAUUAUCAUUAAGUAUUGCACCAUUUUGUUCCAAUUAUACAAAAACAAUGUAGAUUAAAAAAAAUUAAAAAAGAAAGAAGUACUAAAAAAAGUAAAAAACAAAAAAAGGCAAAAAAAACAACAACAAAGAACUGUGGCCAUAGAUAGCUGUAGAAGGACUAGUAAUCCCGACGUUAACUUCAUGGAGAAAUGGAAAGGGAUAGUGGAAAGUGUGGGAGGUGAGUUUGUUACAAGACUCAUUUCAGAGGUGCCUAUCUUUUCUGUUUUUGUUUUGCAAAAGCCACCUGUCGUUUACAAGCAUUUCAUUUGUCUGAAGUUCAAGGAAAUAGGAAUUUAUAACAGGAAUGUUGUUUAAACAAAAAGGACAAAUUUAAUCUUCCAUCAAAAAUGGACAUGAAAAUCUUGCAAAAUGAAGAUUUAUGCUACUUUCAGAACUCUGGGAUUGAUCAGUGUUGUGUCAUAUUUCAAUUUUUGAUUUCUCUUUCAGUGUCGAUAGACUAUCUCUGUAUGUAUCAAGUUGUGAUUUUAUUACUUCUGUAAUACUGCAAUGCAGUUUGCUCACUAUCUUGCACACUCAUAAAAGAUGUGGAUUUUGUCUCAGGAAGGCCAGGGUUCCAGAUACCAACUCCAUCAUUUCUUGGUUUAAUGUUUGUGUGAAAAAAAAAAAAAGCAACUGAAAACUAUUAAACUCCAAGCAAGCACUGAAGUUUGAGUUUAACAGAAUAUAGAAAGUACCAUUGUUUCUUUAAAACAACAAAAAAUGUUCGUAGCAAGUUACAUAUUUACCAAAUAAGACUGAGAAUCAACUUUGAGAAAAGUGGAGCGCUUUACAUGUGAAAUCUAAGUAGAAAUUGCUUUACAUUUAAACAAUGAUCAAUGGUUUGAUUGUCAAGAAGACAAAAAUGCAUUUGUAUGUUUUGUUCUUUUAAGUUUCCAUCCUGUAGUUCAGGAGCAUCGUGCAAGACUUUUUCUUUAUUUUUUUUUCCUUCUUUUAAAAUCAUCUCUCCUGUCUGUUAACAUGGCUGUUCCUGUAACAGGUAUUCAAUAGUUGAGAGAUUUCUUAACAUGUAACAGAUGGUUUUCAGAGGCAGGUUGAAGUGGAGGAAUAAAGCUGGUUUUUAAAGGAUCAUGAUCUAUGCACAAGUGGGAGGGAAGAGUCCAAACCCUGCUGCUGUACUGCAGGCGUUUGUCGACUCAGACUCUGGGGUUCAGGGUUUGAUGUAGGGUUGUUUUACUUUUUUUUUUUAUUUUUUUGUCUUUUGCUCAGAUUUCUUCCACUCCCCCCCACCCCAUCGUCAUCUAAUGUUUUAGCAAAACUUUACAUUGCGUCGUCAUGCUGUGUAAUCCUUAACCAAUGAGCGCUUAUCCUUCUGCUAAAGCACUGUGGGUUGUACUGAGAAAAAGCCCAUGACUUUUAAGGCUGUCUGUUUUUUAAGGGGAGGAGGGUGGGUGGGGGAGUGGGGGCACUUUGCCUUUGCCUUUCUCUUUACUUUGGGAAAAAGAAAAAAAAAACAUUAAGGAAAAAUGUCUGUAACUGAAAUACAAAGUUGUGGCUUUUAAUGUCGUUCUUUUUUCUCCUCAUAGAAUGUGAUUGUUAAAGACAUGCACCGGAAAAAAAAUGUUUCCAUUGACUAUGGAGCUUCUUUCGGACUAUAUUAAUAAAUUGCAAAUUUUCUUGGCUGUUA